GUAGGUCAACGAUCUCUCGGUUUUGUGGGAUCGGUCAAAGUUUAGUGGAACUGGUGCAGACGGCGUCCGAGCCGCCGGCAGCCUCCACGUCCUCCGCAAUGACGGCGCGAAACAUAACUCGAUUCUGGGAAUGGGGGAGGAAGAUCAUCUGCGUCGGGAGAAACUACGCGGACCACGCCAAAGAACUGAAAAAUGCGAUUCCCACGGAGCCAAUCUUGUUCCUGAAGCCGCCUUCCGCGUACGUGAGGGAGGGCUCCUCCAUCCUGGUGCCGCGGUACUCCAGCGACCUGCACCACGAAGUGGAGCUGGGGGUGGUCAUCGGCAAAGGGGGCACGGCCAUCCCGCAGUCCGCCGCCAUGGAGCACGUCGCGGGCUACGCUCUGUGCUUGGACAUGACGGCCCGGGACGUCCAGGACGUCUGCAAGUCCAAGGGUCUCCCCUGGACCAGGGCUAAAGCUUUCGACACCUCCUGUCCCAUCAGCGAGUUCAUCCCCAAAGAGCGCAUCCCCGACCCGGGGAACGUGAAGCUGUGGCUGAAGGUCAACGACCAGCUGCGGCAGGACGGUUGCACCUCCCAGAUGAUUUUCUCCAUCCCGUAUCUCAUCAGCUACAUCAGCAAGUUCAUCACCCUGGAGGAGGGGGAUCUGAUCCUGACCGGGACCCCUAAAGGAGUCUCCGCCGUGCAGCAGCACGAUGAGCUGCAGGCUGGCAUCGAGGACGUGGUCACCAUGAGCUUCAGGGUGGACAGACAAGACCAGUAGUGGAAACAAAAUACACCGAUGAGGAGGAAAAGAGAUUGUGUCUUUACUUGUGUCUUCGCUAAAUUACAUUUAAUUAUCCUAAAUGUAGUUGCACAUGUGUACCAGCAGGCGGCAGCAUCGGGCCACCAACACCAUAUUUCUGACGCCGCCUUUUACAAUGUGUGAGAAAAUGAACAAAACACAAUAAUUCAUCACCCAUUGUCCUUGUCCUUGUUUCCAAUCAGCAGCAGCAAGUAUAUGAUGCGUAAUAUGUUGUAAAAUCAUAUUAAUAAAAUUCCAACUAUUAGUUUUAAUUAUUGGUGACAGAA